CUUUAAUCACCCCUAAACAACAAACACACUUGAGGCAGGGUCCUGUGCCUCACUUUGGGGUAACAAAAAAAUCAUUGCUUGACAUCUUUUCCUUUAAUUUCACUUGGGCAAAGGAUAUAUUUUAUUGUACUGUCACGUUUGUAACAAAAAUAGGUAUUGGCGCAGAGUACCCCAGUGAUAAGUGAUUAUGUGAAUAUCAUUGGUUUCCCUUUAAUUUCAAAUUCUUAGGCAUAAAAACAGCAUUUGUUAAGAAGUGCAGUGAAGCUGCUUUCAUUGCUACCCAGUGUGAGAUGAUUCCAAUAGAGUGGUUCUGUCGGAGAAUUGCCAGUAAGAGGAAUGCAGAGACUGAAGAAGGCUACAGAUUUCCCCAAGCAAAAGUAGAGAUGUAUAAGGUGAAUGAUACUAAUAAUCACCAAGUCUCGGUGGAACAGUUGAUAGCAGUAAAGCUUAUCUGUUCAGGACUUCUGAUUGGAAAGAUUGAGGUGGAUGUAAUGACUCGCUCCACAAUAGCCAUAUUUGAAAUUAUAGAAAAAUCAUGGCGGGCUCAGGACUGCACUUUGGUGGACAUGAGGAUUAAGUUUGGUGUUGAUGUGACUAAAAAAGAAGUUCUACUUACUGAUAUUAAAUGUGGCUCUCAAGCUCUUUGGCCAGCAGGAAACAAGAGUCAGCUGAAAAAUAAUUUGUGCUUAGAUGGCCAGAGCAGAGUUGUCGUGUUAAUGGCAUCAACUUCGGAUCUUGUGCACUGUGAAGAAAUCAAGAAGUCGUGUUCCAAGUAUGGAAUGAAAUGUGAGCUGAGGGUGGCUUCGGCCCACACAGGCCCACAGGAAACUCUGGAGAUCAUAGCAGAAUAUGAAGGAGAUUACAUUCCAACUGUUUUCAUAGCAGUGGCUGGUGGAAGCAAUGGCUUAGGGGCUAUAGUGGCUGCAAAUUCUUCUCAUCCUGUUAUUAACUGCCCCCCUCUUAGCGAAGAUUGGAGCACUAAGGAUAUCUGGUCUUCUCUAAGGGUGCCAAGUGGUAAGAAACAUAGUGUUAUGAUGUAAUUUAUUGCUGCAUAACUGUCCUUGCCUUCCCUCCCCUGAAUAUUCAUGGCAAAUAUACCUCUGUGUAGUCUCACUCUGACAACUCAUGAGUUUAUAGGAACAGGGGCAAUGGUUGUGAGACAGCACAGUUACACACCUCAUUUGUAUAACAAUUUUAUGGUUAGUUCUUGGAAAUGGGACAUUCUGUUAAAGCAUGGGAAGCGAUUGAGACAUUCUAGGAAGGAAGCAGCUCAUAACAUUUCUCUUUUACUUAAAUAAAUAUCUUGUCUAAUUAGGGGUUAGCCUAGACAGUACGAAGCCAAAUUCUGGUUGGUGUAUGUCAACAUGUUUUUGUUUUCAGGGCUUGGAUGCUCCACCGUGCUGUCACCAGAAGCAGCAGCUCAAUUUGCUGCUCGCAUUUUUGGAAUAAACAGUCACAUGGUGUGGUCCAAGCUACGAGCCUGCACUCUGAACUCAUGGAUUUCUCUCAAGCAGGCAGAUGUCAAGUUUAGAAAAUCCACUUUGUAAAAGCUUCUCACUCCCCGGAUCUUACAUCUUCAAAGUGAAAGUAUGUUCACCUGACAAAGGAUAACAGUCCUUUUCUGUUUUGGUUAUUUUCAGUUUAAAACUUUCCAGCAAAUCCAAACCAGGCAAACAAAAAAAAAGCUCAUUUAGGUCAUUUUCGUAUGGUUGAUUCCAGUGUCUACCUCAAUAAACAAUCAGCUUUGUAAAAUAA